AUGGUGUCAACGCGGAGCCGCUCGCAGGUGUCGGGGGGCGACCCUGCUGCGUUGGAGGAGGACGCCGUGUCGCGCAGGACACGUUCGGGGUCGAGGGCGAGCCAGGACGACCCGCAGACCCCAGGCGCUGGCUCGCAGCCGGCCACUGGCCGCCGCACGCGGCAGCAGCGCGCUGUCGGCCGGUCGGUCCUGUCGCCGGUCGUCGAGCAGCCAGCCGAGCGCGCCGGCGGGAGCCAGGCGUCGCUGCGGUCCGGCAGCAGGGCGCAGCCCCCACGGCGCGUCAGCGACUCGGACCCGUCGGACGAUCAAGGUGCCGGCACUGACGACGACAACGACGACGCAGCUGUCGACGCCAUGGCUGCGGCGAUGCGCGCCGCACUGGCCGCCCGCACCGCUCCGCAGCCCGACGCCGCCUCCCCGUCCGCGUCAGCCAGCAGCGACGGCGCCAGCAGCAGCGACGACGAGGACGACAACGCAGCUGAGCCGGCGCUGCGGUGGAGGCCGACGCUCACAGGGCUCGACGGCCCGACGCGCCGGGCGUACGCGGCGCACGCGGCGGACGCGCACAACGCGGCGCUGGUCGCGAACGCCCGGAAGGACCCCGCGCUCGCCAAGCAGCUGACAGCGGGCCCUCUGGACCCGCGGCGCGAGGAGCGGCUCGCCCGGCGGCGCGCGGGCGCGACGACCGCGGGCGCGAAGUGGUUCGACCUGCCCGCGACGCAGAUCGACGAGGAGGCCAAGCGCGAGCUGCGCCUGCUGCGGUUGCGCGGCGCGAUGGACCCGAAACGGUUCUACCGGUCGAUGGACGCGACGAAGUUCCCGACGUACUUCCAGGUCGGGCGCGUGGUGGAGGGCGCUGCGGACUUCUACUCCGGGCGGCUGACGAAGGCGCAGCGGAAGCGGACGCUGGCCGAGGAGGUGCUGGCGGACACGGACGUGCGCAGGUACCGGAAGCGGCGGUACGCGGCGAUGCAGGCGGAGGCGAUAAAGUGGUCGCAGAAGCGGCGGAAGAAGGGCAAGAAGGAGCUGCCGCGCCUGACGCCGAAGCCGCACCGGCCCAAGCACUGA